AUGAUAAUUGAUCCCAUAUUUUCACCGAGACGAUGUGUCAUGCGUGGCGCAUGUGGAUUCUCGAAUGGUUUAGUGCAGAAUUGUCCAUAUGAUGGACCACCGUUACCGUUAACAAAUCGGACGUUGCUGGACGAUUUACAGCAGUAUUGUCCACAUCUAUUUCGAGGUAGGAUAAUUUUGGAGGAAAAAUUUGAUUUCAUUUGA